AUGUGUAAGUGGUUUGAAGAGGGUCUAAAUGAAGACAUAAAGUUAUUAGUUGGGAUUCUUGAACUAAAAGAAUUUGUUGUACUGGUAGAUCGUGCUCAUAAAGUCGAAGAGCUGAGUAAAGAAAAGAGACAAGUUGAGAUGGAAGUUAGAACUUUAAGAUAUUCAGGUAGAGAUAGAAGUAUUCAAAGCUCCAGUCCAACUUCUCAGGCUAUAUUUGUAGCAAGUGCGGAUGGGUUGUCUAAUGUGAUAUCAGCCAUGUUAGCACAGAAAUAUGUCAGAAAAGGGUAUGAUGCUUAUCUUGCUUAUGUGUUGGACAUUAAAGUAUCUGAAUCGAAGAUUAAAUUAGUGCCAGUGGUUUGUGAAUAUCCUUAUGUGUUUGCAGAAGAGUUACUCGGAUUACCUCUAGUCAGAGAAGUGAAAUUCUCUAUAAAUCUUGUUCCAGGGACAACACCAAUAUCAAUAGCACCCUACAGAAUGGCUCCGACAGAAUUAAAAGAGUUAAAAGCACAGCUGAAAGAACUGACUGACAGGGGUUUUGCUCGACCUAGUUUUUCACUUUUGUGUGCACUGGUUUUGUUUGUCAAGAAAAAGGAUGGAUCCUUGAGAUUAUGUAUUGAUUGCCGAUAG